CAAUGGGACCUUCCUGGUAAAAUAAAGGAUACAAAUCCCCAGUAAAUCUCCAGAAUGUCUCUCGUUUUGCACCGGCUCUCUUUUAACUCCAGAAAUAAGAGAACAAACAUCAACGCAUUUGAAGAGGCCACAGAGUGCGCAUUAAUGCAGUGCACUCAUGCGCCGUGGGGGCGGAGCUAUAUACGUGUUAGGGGAGGAGAGGAGAGGACGUCAUGUUGAGGAAACGAAACUGAAGGUUCAGAGAAACCAAAGCCAUCCAACGUGGAAUCAGUUCUGUUUCAGAAGAAAAUAAAUCUCAUUUUGGACAAAAAUUGUCAGACAGACAGAAACAACGACAAGGAAUGGCCUCUGCCACUUCUUGGUCUGAAGAGAACUUUUCAUGUUCCAUCUGUCUGGAUGUGUUCAACAGUCCAGUUACCACACCAUGUGGACACAACUUCUGCAGAACCUGUAUUACUAAGUUCUGGGAUGGAAAAGUCCAGUACAAAUGUCCGGUUUGCAACAUGCGUUUCUACACAAGACCUGAUCUACGUGUCAAUAUCCUCUUAUCAGAGAUGGUUGAUCGGUUUGGAACGUCCGUACUAGUUAAAGAGCAGCCUCAUGUUGAACCAGGAGAAGUUCCCUGUGACGUCUGUACUGGGACCCAGCUGAUGAAGGCUGUGAAGUCCUGCCUAGUGUGUUUUAUGUCUUUCUGCCAAACCCACCUGGAGCCACAUCAGAGAUUCGCAGUCCUGAAGAAACAUCGGCUGGUCAAGCCUAUGGACCGUCUGGAAGACAGGAUGUGUAAGGAACACGACCGACUUCUGGAGCUCUUCUGCAAGUCUGAACAGGUGUGUGUGUGUCAGUUCUGCAGAGAGACAGACCACAAGUCCCAUCCUGUUGUACCUCUAAAGGAGGAAUAUGAAGUGAAGAUGGCCCAGCUGCGGAAGAUAGAAGCUGAAGUUCUGCCGAUGAUCCAGGAGAGAAAACGUAAGAUUAAGGAGAUCAAAGACACAGUUAAACGUAGCAAAGCAGCUGCAGACAGAGAGAUAGCCGAAGGUGUGCAGAUCCUCACUGCUCUGAAGCGCUGCAUUGAAAAGCACCGGUACGAUCUCAACAAAACGGUUGAAGAGAAACUGAAAUCCACACAGAAACAAGCUGAAGACCUCAUCAAAGAGCUGGAGCAGGAAAUAGAAGAUCUGACCAUUAGAAGCAUAGAGAUGAAACCACUCUCACACACUAAAGACCACCUCCACUUCCUCCAGACCUUCAGAUCCCUGAAGGACCCUCCACCCACCAGGGACUGGACCACGGUAGAGGUCCGUCCUCCGUCAUACGUAGGGACCUUGAGGAGAUCCCUGGAUCAGCUGGAGGAGACACUGAACAUGGAGAUGAAGAAGCUGUGUGAUGAUGCUGAACUGAAGAGGGUCCAGAAGUAUGAAGUAGAUGUGACUCUGGAUCCGGAUACAGCUAAUCCCCUGCUAAUUUUGACUGAGGAUUGGAAACAAGUAUAUAAUGGAAAUGUAGUGAGGGAACUCCCGGACCACCCUAAGAGAUUUACAAAUCUUGCAUGUGUUCUCACGAGGCAGAGCUUCUUCUCAGGGAGAUUUUAUUUUGAGGUCCAGGUUAAAGACAAGACUUCAUGGCGUUUAGGAGUGGCCAGAGAGUCUAUCAAUAGAAAAGGUGCGAUCAUGGUGACCCCUGAGAAAGGUUACUGGAAUAUUUACUUUAACAAGGAUGGGUUGGUAUUUAAUGAUGACCCUGAUGUUCGUCUCCCUCUGAGAGCUGAGCUCCAGAAGGUGGGGGUGUUUGUUGAUUAUGAUGAGGGUGUGGUCUCCUUCUAUGAUGUAGAAGCCAGGGUUCAUCUCUACUCUGCUACCGGCUGCACCUUUAGAGAGCCCCUCUAUCCAUUCCUCGGUCCUGGUUUACGUAAUAGAGGAAUACGUAAUAAAAACGCUGCCCCCCUGAUCAUCUCACCUGUCAAUCAAACAGACUAGGACUUUUGUUUGAUGAUAAAACAACCCAAACAAUUAAUGUUGUUUUUCUGAAUAAGAAUACCAUGUGACAUCUGAGAGAACUGCAUUCAUAUCGCACUAUUCACUGUUUUUUAACAAGGAUAAAUUCAAUCAGCCAUUAAUACUUUGUACUAUAAUAAUUGUAAUCCAUUAUAGCUGGUAAAACUACACUAUAUUGUUCAAUGUGUUCUUUCCUGUUUAUACAUUUAAAGAUAUAAAAUUGGGAUUUCAGAAAAUAUUGAAAAUGUGAAUUAUUAAUUUUUACUAACAUUAUCGAUAGUUUUUUUUAACCAAAUACUUAUAUUUGUUUAUUAUUUUGCAUCAUUUUUGACGACACAAUACAUUGUUUGUACACUUUUCUUAUUUGAAUAAAAAGUAGAAUGGGGCCAUUUUGUUCUCACAAUAUGCAUUGAGUGGAUUAGGUACAUUUUCUGUGGAAUAGGUACAAUCUCAGUACAAUAUGUAUUCAGUGGAAUAGGUUAAUUUUCUGUGGAAUUGGUAUAAUGUACUACCUGUUUCCUGGCACAUUCAAGCAGCAGUCCCAUAAUAAGUGUUAUGAUUGACACCCAGUGGCGGGAGCUGGUAUCACCACAGAGUGGCGGAACGUAUUUUGUGUCUCCUAAUCCUUGCUCCCCCUGCAUUAAUAAAUAUAGUUUAUUUAAACAAAUAAGCUGUAUUGCUCACACAUUAUGCCACACACAGCAUACGUAACAUAUGUAGAUGGAGCCAAUUAAAAGUCCAGCCAAUACACAGACUACUAAACUCAUUGCGCCAAAUUCUAGGUCGUUUUAUUUUAGGUAUCCACUGAACAACCCCCCAUUGGUGUCCUUUUCACUGGGGAAAUCCACCUACCACUUCUUGAAAUCACGGGUUUUGUCCCCAUCAUCAUUGAUUAAAUAUAUUCUGAAAAGUUCAAAAAUUUAUUAUUUUAGUUGUUUCUGUUUUGUCAUAUUUUAGGUCAGCGAUAUUGUAUGUUGUUAUCACUGGGCUGAUGCGUAAUGCCUACUUACUACUACUACUACUUCUACUACUACUACAGCCACUACUACUGCUACCGGUACUACAGCUAUUACCACUACAGUAGUGGUACUAGCUGUAGGUACUUUUGUGUUUUUUGCACUCUAGUCGUCGGCUGUUUUAACUUGCAAUUGAUAGUCGGUGGAGUCAGUCUCUUGUUGACACAAAGUGACUUUUGGUCAUUCUUGCUUUGCUUGAAUUCUGGAACUAAAGAGAGAAAAAAUAGUCGAUUUCAGCUGCAGGUUUUUCAGCAGUGCACAGUGGCGGUUUUAGCAAAUUGGGGGCCCAAGGCGAAGAUAUGUAUUUGCCCCACCUCGUCCGAUCUUUAAAAGAAAAAUACUGAAAAUGGUGGAUAGGCAGGUAAGGCUAAUCUACGCGGAAGUAAAGGUUGGAGAUGAGAAAAAACACCUUCCACUUUAAACCCUGCAUACACUUCUUUACUCCAAAAUGAAGAUGACAAGCAGAGAACACACAAAGUGUAGCACUACACAAACUAAUAGUCACAAUGGAGCCCAAAAUAAAUAAGGCUUCAGAUAUCGCCUGUCUUUGCCAAAAUGCCAGGAAAAUAAGCACUGUUUAUUCUUUUUUUUAAGAUCCAAUCAAUAUCGAUAUAACCAGCUAGACAAGAAGUUAGAGUAAACCCCCAGAAACAGUCAUAUAUUUAGCAAAAGAUCACAAACAGCCAUACACAAAAAUUGCCAAGAUUGAUAAUUUACUUUGUAUGUGUGAGUGAGCUUGCAAUUU